AUCACUUUUGCAUUACUUGUUCGCUGUCGUUAGUGUUUUCCUGCUGAACGCCGCAUCAUCUCAUGGCGCAGUGACGGUUAACAGCGCACGUAAUGGGAUAUGGAGCACCCCGGUUGGACGCUGGCCAAAUCCGUCGCAAAUACCUUAUCGCCUUAGCCCAGGCUUCACCACACUUGAGAUUGCAAGUAUACAGACUGCCACGGUACAGAUUAGCUCGGAUAUGAUUAGCUGCAUCAAAUUUGUCCCUUACACCGAUCCCGUCCAUCGAGGUCUAGACUUCAUAUAUAUUACAAAAAACGAGACUUCCUCGUCCGUUGUCGGUCCUUUAUGCAGGUUACAGCAGUGCACCGCCUUCGACGUGUUUCUCGUUUCCUGGACGCGUAUCCGGACAGUUGGGCAGAGGUCAGGCCAUGUACCUGGUGGGUGGUGUUGAUGGAUGCCUUGGUUCCGUGCGCGAAAUUAAGAAGUAUUUAGUUCGUGCAUUAGGAUUGGAGGAGGAAAUGAACCGUCCGGAUAGAAAUGUAGCUAUUCAAGUGGUAGGAGACAGCCAACUAAAACCCAAUCUGCAAAAUUUGGGCUUGACACAAUUGCUACAAGAUGCAACCCUCUUGACCACUACCUUCGAUUACAAGAGCACAACUAUGCCAGCUGUCACUAAAUACGUUUCGACCGGGAACCUAUAUACCGCUGUAGGCGGCGUGCCACUUCCAAGCAACGGAAAUACGGCUCCCGGUAAUCUGGCCCGUCUCAGUCAAGGAGACUGCUUUGGUUUGCGUGCAAUGUACCCCGUCUGUGCCGCUGUUCCCUGUGUUGAUCCCUAUGUAGCCAUAACAUCAGCUGCAGGAGUGGUGGCGUCGGGGGUGGUGGUGAACACCGCAUGGACUGGAAGUACUCUCAAAACGCCUGAUGGAACAAUAAUCCAGUUUUAGAAAUUUCGAAAAGAAAUGGUACUCAAACCGGAUGGAAGUGAGCGCAGGAAUUGUAGUUUUGUGCCUUCUGGCUGCAGGACAAUGCAAUUAU